AUGGACACAGAUUGGUGUAUUAUGUGUGAUUCUCAUUGCAAUACUUCCGUAAAAGAAUGUAAAAUGCAAGAUCGCUUAGAGGAAUCAGUUAGAACAAAGAAAUCACCGUCAAGCUACAAUUAUGAUGUAAUGAAGGCCUCAAAAUUAACAGCUUCUUCGAAAUUAUUGAAUCAACAACAUCAACAAUUCCUAUUUUAUCAUCGUUCUCCUAUUUCUCGUCACCAACAUUAUUAUUAUAAUAAAUCAGCAAAAAAAAUUAUUAACAACAAUCUUGUUGCAAUUAACAAUAAUCUUAACAAUGCCAAUACUAACAAUAUAUCAAGAUCUUUAUAUGUUUAA